UCUCUCUCUCUCUCUCUCUCUCUCUCUCUCUCUCUCUCUCUUAUUGUAAAAUUACUUCUGUUCAACACAGUCGAGCUGAACUUCUAGAACAGUAUGCGAGUGGCCGGUUUCAGUGCUUAAAAAAAGUUUCAGUGCUUAAAAAAAAGAUUCAGUGCUUAAAAAAAAGUUUCAGUGCUUAAAAAAAAGUUUCAGUGCUUAAAAAAAGUUUCAGUGUUUAAAAAAAAGCUUGAGUGCUUAAAAAUAGUUUCAGUGCUUAAAAAGUUUCCUAAAAAAAGUUUCAUUGCUUAAAAAAAGGUGUCAGUGUUUAAAAAAAAGUUUCAGUGCUUAAAAAAAGAUUCAGUACUUAAAAAAUGGUUUCAGGGCUUAAGAAAACUUUCAGUGCUUUAAAAAAGUUUCAGUGCUUAAAAAAGGUUUCAGUGCUUAAAAAAAGUUUCAGUGCUAAAAUAAGCUUCAGAGCUUUAGAAAUUUUCAGUGCUUAAAAAAAGGUUUCAGUACUUAAAAAACUUUCUGUGCUUUAAAAAAGUUUCAGUUUUUAGAAAAGAAAGAAAAAAAAAUCGCCUAAAACAAGUCGGACAGGAAAACCUGCGACAAAACUAUCCGCAGAAGGAAGAAUGCAAUGAAAAUAGGAAUUAAUCCCCUGCUAAAUAUAUACUACAAUUUCCGCGUUACGUUGACAUACGCGGCUGCUGUCAUUAGAUGAGACGCGAUUUCGAGCUUGUCUCUGCGUCAGCGGUCGGGUUUCCAGCUAAUCACCGAUGUGGCAUUUUCAAGGGACGAACUUCCGUGUAGUUCCCGUAUUAAAAGUGGACAUUCUUACCCCAACAUAAAGGUUUUCUGCAAGGAAAGCAUGAAGAGGGUGUAACUAGGAAGAAAAAAUACCGUAGGAGUUACAGUGGAAGUCCCUCAACCUCUGCCGACAUUGCGGAUAUUAUCAAUAAGCUCCCUCUUACCCUGACAAGACGAAUGUGUCGCUAAAGUUUGCACUGGUUUUCAUGUGGAAAUGACUAAAAUAUUUAAGACGAGUGCAUCAGGAAUACAAUAGAAUAGCUGUAGUACUAAGGAUAGAGGUUGUUAGUGAAGCCUUGCACGGAUUAUACAGCUGUUAUAAAGUAGACAGUUUAUACAACUGUUAUAAAGUAGAGACAGUCUUAUCAGAAUUUUAUCCACAAGUGUUACUCUGGUGUCUAUUGUCAGAGUUGGUUGCGAUCUGACAGAAGAAUUCGUGACAGCUCUUCAAGAAUGAAUCAACGUUUUAAAGCCUUACUCCUCCUGAUGUCCUUCACGAUACUGUGCGUGGUACUCUACGUCAAUGAACGCAUAUCAUUCGCCACGACAAGCUUUUUAUUUGGAAGUAAUACCACAACGACAGGUUCGGUGGUUCCCUUUCGGUGGCUUGUGGCAACGUUAACAGACGGUCGCAAGAAGACCAAGUGCUUCGAAGGAGACUCAGCCAAAAAGACUCCAGAGACUUCCAGUCAUCCAAAAUUCCCUUUUCCCGAGAGUCGUUCUGUCCCUCUGAGAGGGACUGGCGAUUCCCUCUUACCCCUGGAACCAGUAAAUGCGACCAACAUCGAAUUCAUGCCGGAUGAAUUCCGGUUUGAGAACAAGGCGACCAGGGCUUCCGCGAUUGCUUUAGACAAGGGAGAGCUCCCUCUAAAGAAAAUACUCUUUUGGAAUGACGUAUUUGGCGACAAAUCCUUCUACUUCGGUUUCGGGCGGGAGCCUUUCGUCAAGGCGAAAUGUCCUGUCAGCUCUUGCUUCACGACGGCGAACCGCAGCUUGUUUCCCCCGGAAAAAGUGGAUGCGGUAAUCUGGCACGUCAGGUCCCAUGACAAUUCCUUCCCUCCCCUCAGGUCCCCUCAUACCAGAUACGUCUUCUGGUCUCUGGAAUCGCCUCCACAUAUGUUCAUUGACCUCAGAGACUUCGACAACGUCUUCAACUGGACCUUCACCUACAGGCUAGACUCGGAUUUUCCUAAUCCGUACAGCACAGUAUACCGCCGUCGGAUACCCAAGCCUUUGCCCGUUAGUAAGAAUUAUGCCUUUGGGAAGAAAAGGCUAGCGGCCUGGUUUGUCUCCAACUGCAUCACCGAUUCAGGGAGAGAAACGUUAGUGGAAACUCUUCAGAGAUGGAUUAAGAUCGACGUCUAUGGAUCCUGCGGUCCCUUCAAGUGCGAUCGGGAUGACGGUCAGACGAAUUGCUACGAAAUGCUGGAACGGAAUUACAAAUUCUACCUGUCGUUCGAAAAUUCUCUCUGCAAGGAUUAUGCGACUGAGAAACUGUUCAGCAUUCUCCGGUACAAUGUGGUGCCUGUGGUUUAUGGUCUUGGGAAUUACACGGUUCAGCUGCCUCCUGAUUCCUAUAUUGAUGCUCUGGACUUCCCAACUGCCAAGAGUUUGGCUGCUUACCUUCAUUAUUUGGAUCGCAAUGACACGGCAUACAAUGCCUAUUUCAGACCUUUUUAGGCUCUCCCAUAGACUUACUCCCCACCCUCAAGGUUGCUGAGGUGAAUGGUGACACUCGAUGGCCUAAGUCUAAGCUCAUUCCCGAUCGUGAGUGGGUUGAAAAGGGAGUGAUGGUAAAAAUAACUGAAAACGACAGAUAUGUCACUGAGAAGAAUCAUGACACUUCUGAUGCCCUUCAAG